GAGCCGUAGAAGAAGAGUACAGAGCCGUUCUAUGGAGGAGGAGGUGGAGGAGGAGGAAAGGAAAGGAAAGGGGACCAUAGAGGACCCGUAGUCUGCAGACAGCUACAGACGGAAUGGGUCGUGGAGAGGAGCUCAGCGACUUCCAGCGGGGCACCGUGGUGGGAUGCUACCUGUGCAAGAAGUCCAUCCGGGAGAUCUCCGCCCUGCUCAACCUGCCUCGGUCCACCAUCAGCUCCGUGAUCCUCAAGUGGAAACGCGGAGGGAUAACGACGGCUCUGCCCCGGUGCGGCCGACCGCACAAGCUUAAGGAGCAGGACCGCCAGGUGCUGGAGAGGGUGGCCAUGGAGAAGUGUCUGCCCUCCAUGGAGGCUCUAACUGCUGAGUUUCAGACCGCCUCCGGGGCCAACGUGAGCUCCACCACCAUCCGCCGGGAGCUCCACGAGAUGGGCUUCCGCGGCCGAGUGUCCUCCUACAGCAAGCCGAAAGUAGGGCAGAAGGUGGCAAAGAAGCCGGGAUCCCCUGACCAAGAGGAUGAAAAGGUAGACGUCUCUCGUCUGGACCUGCGUGUUGGACGCAUAAUAACGGCCGUACAGCUUCUAGACACUGACAGUCUGUAUGUGGAACAGAUCGAUGUAGGCGAAGCAUCUCCCAGGACAGUAAUCAGCGAACUGGCCAAGCACGUAUCCUGGGCCCAGAUGCAAGACCGCAUGGUGGUCGUGCUGUGUAACCUGAAGCCGGUGAAGACAAGAGGGAUGAUGAACCAGGCUGUGAUCAUGUGUGCCAGCUCACCAGAAAAGAUGGAGAUCCUUGAUCCUCCGAGUGGAGCCGAACCAGGGGACAGAAUAACUAUCCAGGGAUUCCCAGGUGAACCAGACAGAGAGCUAAACCCCAAAAAGAGGGUGUGGGAAGAGGUGCAGCCAGACCUGCGUACGGACAGCCGGUGUGUCGCCACCUACAAGGGAGCUGCCUUUGAAGUGGUUGGAAAGGGAAUGUGCAAAAGCCAAACUCUGAGUGAUUGUGAAAUCAAAUAAACUAAUCAGAGCUGCCUGAAAUAGCUCGGUGCAAAUCAGUGCAGCCGGAAAGGACCCAAGAUUUUGUGGACAGACUUCCCAGGAGGGUGGAGGCUGUGAAACCAGAAUAUUAAAGCCCACGGCUUUCAAAUGACACAUCCAGCCAUCGCAUGGGUGUGACGAUUGAGUGCCCACAUACUUUUAAAAUUAACACUGAUGAACCCGCUGUUGGACCGACAUGAACAUGACUGUUACAUACACUACUGUUCAAAAGUUUGGGGUCACUUAGAAAUAACCUUAUUUUUGAAAGAAAAACAGUUUUUCAAUGAAGAUAACAUUAAUCAUUAAUCAGAAAUACAGUCUAGCCAUUAUUAAUGUGGUAAAUGACUAUUCUAGCUGAGAAACGGCUGAUUUUUAAUGGAAUAUCUCCAUAGGGGUACAGAGGAACAUUUCCAGCAACCAUCACUCCUGUGUUCUAAUGCUACAUUGUGUUAGCUAAUGGUGUUGAAAGGCUAAUUGAUGAUUAGAAAACUCUUGUGCAGUUAUGUUAGCACAUGAAUAAAAGUGUGAGUUGUCAUGGAAAACAUUAAAUUGCCUGCGUGACCCCAAACUUUUAAACGUUCAUGUACAUUGUAAUGAAAAUGUGUAGUUCUCAAUUUGGACAAAUGAGGGCGCUACAUUACCCCAUGAUAAUGUGCAGUAUGUGUGUUGGUUUGCUCCAGUGUGACAUGAAAACACUAAAUAUCCAGCAUGGUUGAAAGAAAAGGGGAAAUUCUUUCAGAGAAUUCUGUUUGCUUGGGAACUACAUAACUAUGUAGUAUUGCUGUUUUCCCAUGAGACUGUAAAUGUCAUUUCCAUUGAACAAUGGUGGUGCAAAAGUCCCUUCUAGAAAGGGGACAUUCAACAGUUUUGAUUUUUGUAACAGUGUUGAUACGAGUUGAAAAUGAAUCCAGUCGGUCAGAGACUUCAAAAUGAGCUACAUAUUCUUAAGCAUAUGAACACACUUGUUUAUCAUCAAAUGAUGGACAUUCGUUGCUGUGCCAUGUAUCGGUGUGCUUAUGUAUCCUUGUAUUUCAUAUAAUGCAAUUUUUUAUCUGUUAUCCCGACAAAUCCCAGAUUACCGGGAAAUUUUAAAGCAUAUGUUUCUGUGUCAUUGGUUUGGAUGUAAAAGUGUUUCGCUGCUUCUUCACACAAGAACUUUUGUAUCCGUCUUUUGAAUAAUACUACAACCUAGCUGACUUUUAUAUGUCGUACGCCAUGAAAUGUGUUUGAGCUUAAAUACUCAAUGUCUGAUGAGCAUAUUUAUCAUUUUAUCAAAAAAUAAAUAAACCAACUUGUCUUGGGUUUCAAAACA